CCAGGGACACAACGCGACGCAGGUGUACGCCCACUGCCACGAGGACCUCUUCUCGGAGACGGGGAACGCGUGGAUGCGCACGCUGCGCGAGCAGCUGGUCGGGGCAGGGGGGGAGGGGGUGGGGGGCGGCGGCGGCACCCUGCUCGAGUGGGAGGGGCAGCAGAUCGGCGAAGUCUUCGCGUACGGUAUGCCGCUCGAGCAAAUGGACGGCGCGCAGUACACGCUGCGCCGGAUGCCGGUCGUCGUGCUCGCAAUCGCCGCCAUCAUCUGCGUCAUCCUGGGCGGCUCGUUCGGCACGGCGCUCGUCCCGCUGCGCGCGGUGGUGUGCAUCACGUGGAUGCUCGUCGUCGCGAUCGGCGCGUCGGUGAUGGUGUACCAGCUCGGCUACCUCGAGUUCCUCGGGCUCGAGGCGCUCGCGCCGGCGGGAGGCUCCCUGUUUUGGAUCUCGCCCUCGGUCGCGCUCGCGGUGCUUGUCGGGCUCGGCCUCGACUACGACAUCUUUUUGAUGGACUCGGUCAUGGAGAACUGGCAGGAGGGCAAGGACGGGCGCGAGGCGGUGAUCGCCGCGCUCGACCAGGCGGGCACCAUCAUCUCGGCCGCCGGCAUCAUCAUGUUCCUCGCCUUCGGCGCGCUGCUCGCGUCGACGACGCCCGUGCUCAACCAGAUCGGCUUCAUGCUCUGCAUCGGCGUGCUCAUCGACUGCUUCAUCACCACCAAGCUGACCAUCCCCGCGCUCAUGGCGUGCGUGCCCGACGCGGCCAAUUUCUGGCCCAAGAAGCGGCCGCCGCCGCCCACGGCUGGCGACAUCGAGGAGAGGGGCUCGGUAUCCGCCCGCGGCUCGGUGCCGUGCUUGCGCCGCUCACUCACCUCCUCUGCGCGCGACUUGCUCGGAAACUCUGGGACCGCGCCGCCGAGCUUGAGAAAUACGGGAGGACGAUCAUGACCGGCGCCGUGUCGGUCAGGGCAACAGGGGAAACUCGGGAGUGCUCUCUUUCUCUAGCAGAACGUUUUUGUGCAAUGUGCUCUUGCGCGUUGAGUUGGGAUUGUGCGGAUUUUCAGGGGGGCGGGGCACGCUGUGGAGUGUACGAUUAGGUCUUCAGACAUCAGAGUUCAGCGACACUUG